AUGGCUGCUACUGCGGCGGCAGCCACGGCCGCUGUGCUACGUCUGGGGUUUGGGACGCCGGGCCGAGUACUUCGUCUCCCACUCCGUCCCGCCACUACCUAUCGUUCACGAUUCUUCCAAGGCGCUGCUGCGCGCCCCCGGCGGGAGGACCCCGCAACGGCCGCCCCCACCGCCGUUGACUCCUCACGUGGAGAGUCUCGGGAGUCCUCCGAGAAGUUGGCGAGUCUGUGGGGGGACAUCUUGGAGAACAAGCGGUACAGGGACAAGGAGGCGGCCAUCCUCAAGGAUAUCGAGCCAAUCCGGAUGCUUACCAAGAAGAUCCUCCAUUCCGAAAGGUAAUACAGUCGACAAGAAAAGUUGCAUCUAGCCGCGAGUUUUCAUCGUUCUUCCGAUGAACCACCAUUCAUUUAGUUCAAUAUAUGGACGCACCACUCCGGAAGCUUGUAUAUUUUUUUUAUCCAAGGCAGACGUUUUUGUUCUAAAAGUAAGAAAUUUUAGGGGAAUACGGCCAUAUCGGUGCUUAAUUUGAAGAGAGGUCAGCCUCUUGUGAGUGUAAACAAAUAGUUUAGUGAAUGUUGGAUAUUUCUGAAGUUUAGCACUAAACCCAGCUGUGGUCAUUCUUUGAUGAUCAUAUUAUCCUUGUAAAAUACCUGUUGAAACAUUGAAACUAGAGGUGCAAAUCACAUUGCUUAUGCUGAUGCAGAUAUGCUAACUGAACUGGAAGUUUUGAAUCAUCCAAAGUCAUUCUACACUUAGCACCCGAAAAUCUUCCCUAGGUAGCACUUUUCCAACACCUUGCUACCUGAUUCUGAUGAAACAUUUGUGUCCAUUAAUUUUAUUCGUUCUAGUCAACUGUUUAAUUACCGAUAGGUAUUUCAUCAAAUAGACCGUUCGCAUUUCAUGAUUUUUGGAUUUACAUCUUCAAAGGAGCUUUAGUUAUAAUCAUUAGCUUUAUUUUCUCUUGUUUUAGCUUUCAUUAAGUAUUUGUCUACGAGGUCAACUUUUAUGGAAACUUUUUGACAGGAAACAUUGAUUCAUUGUUGCCCAAUAUUAUGAUUGUUCUAGAUCUUGAGAGGUCAUCACAAAAGAACGUCAUUUUUCAUACUACAGAUGCUUUGGAAUGAUACUCCUAUCAAAAUAUUGAGAGGGAAGUUGAAGAAUAGAAGAAAUAACAGUUUAUAUUGUUCAAUGCUCACUCCAAGACAUUAAAAACGGUUGUCUUAGCCUGGAUACAUAAAAUAUUUGUGAACGUCCAGGUCAGAGUUUUGCUCAAACUCUCAAGCAAGGAAAAUUUUGGUUUACAGUCAACAUCUUACUAUCAAGAGAAAGUCGGUCAUUAUGGACAAAUACUGGACCUCCUCGAGGUCUGAAACCAUUGAACUAGAAAUACUAUUGGAAAUUCCUUAUGUGAAUGGAAUCUGUCGUAUUGUAGAGUCUUGCUUCUCUUUUGUCAGAUACAUACAUCAUAAACUAUAGUUUUAAUUAACUUAAAAGAUUGAGAAAACUUCUCUUUAAAGUCGCUGUAAUACUGGUGGAGGUUGUGGAGAAAAUGAAUUCCUUAGUAUUUAAAGAUUCUACACUACUUGCUUCCGAUGAUGGUGUCGACCUGUACCUGGACAGGUCGUAUGGGACUUGGCAACUGCAGUCCCUCACGGCCACCUAGCCUUACUUUCUUGAAAAUUACAGCAUGAUCCCUUGAAUGGUGCAUCUACAUGUUCUAGUGGUCAGAAAAAUAGACACAGCACAGGACAGGGGAUAAGAAGAAAGAAGGGAAACGAAAUUGUGGUGGGAAAAUAGGAACUAGUAUAUGUGACAGAGUGAACCUGUAGAUCAACUGAGGAAAAAUAAGACUGGAAUUCAGGAACUGAAAAGAAGAAAUAAAGAAGCAGUUCAACUUCCUGUUUUCUAGAUCGAUUAACAUUCUGAACUCCAGAACAGUGGGAAUUACAACAAUAGAGAACCCCUAGAUAGGACCUUUGGCAUUUAAUCCUAUGGAAGACCACAGUAAAAGAGACCUGAAUAGGUUAUUUAGAGUUGGUAGAAAUCCUGAAAAGUAUUUUACUUGUUAAAGACAUAGGGAUGAUAGAGAAAAAUAUUUUCACAGUUCAGGCCAUGGGUAGACAUUUCUAGGGCCGACAUAGGCUGGAAAAAGCUAUCUUCUUAGGUUUAUCUGAUGGAAUUUACUGACUCAUUAGAUCAGAACUCCCACAAAACCUAUUUCCAUAAGGAUUGCCAAGAAGUAGACAUGGAUAUCUAUAUCGUAACUAUUAAGGAUAGUACUGUAGCUUUAGUAAUAAGUGAACCAGCGUUUAGAAAUAUGGGUCAUUUAUGCUGUACAGUUGACAAAAGCGAAAAGUUUGCUUGUAUGUCUGGUGGCAUGUUAAGGAUAAAUCUCAUAUUUGCUAAAAAGUUAAACAUGUAGCUAUAAUAUAGUUAUAAAAUGUGAAAUUUAAUGUGACAAUAGCUUUACCAAAAAAAAUUCUCAAUAAGAAUAUAUUUAUCUGUGAAAUAAAGUAAGCAUAGUGGUAAACCAAUGGACACUUGUAUCAUAUCCUGACAAAUAAGUUUCAGAUUUCUCUUGUUGGGUCUAGUUCCCAAUACCUUGUUUCUGGACACCAAGUUCCUUAAAUGUAGAGUCUGAAAAAGGCAUUCUGUAGUGCAGAUCCUGAAGGAGCUAAUUUGCAAAAGAUUACAUUCCUCCUAAGGUAUGCACCUAUCACAGUGUGAUGUAGCUACAGAGUUGAUGUGGUACGAGCCUUAGGGGCUGGAAAUUAUUGAAAGUCAUCUUAGUGGGAUUAUGUGCUUGUCGCCAUGUUGACAAUAUUGGCUGUGGUUAGGAAAUUAUUACUUUGGAAGGGUACUUAUAUUUGAGGUUAAAAUGCAAAACUUGAUGAGGAGUGAGUUAUGAUGUGCAUGGAUAAAAUGUGUCUACUGACCAGAGUAUUUGUGACGAACAUGAAAGGAUAAUUUGUUCAUAAUGGUGAACCUAUUUAAAGUAUCAAUACUUUUCUCCAUCGUAUUAAUGGUGAGAAACCAGGCCCUAUUUGAUGACUUCAGAUUUCGUUUCAUGUAGAAGACAAUAUCAUGUGGAAAGCAACUAAAAAGGCCAGACAAUAGUGAUUUGGAAGAAGUAUCGUAAUUAUUUGUGAAGUUCAAAAGUUGAAGUGGAUUAAUAUAUGGACUUAAGGUGGAUACAAGUGUACAGAGUGCAUACGAUUAUUUGGAUCGCAUUAAUAAAUUUCUCUUCAUAAGAUAUGACAUUGUGCUAAUAUUUGUAUUCUCCAAAUUCUUGGGGUCAGAAUUUCUCUAUCAAUGAAGUUUUGGAUAUUGUGCUAUUCUUGUUAAAGGCAGCUUCGCAUGGACAUUUACAUUUCAUCUCUCGCCUUAGUAUCUAUAUUAUCGUACAUUAAUUGAUGUCAGUUCUUUCUUUCUGAAGAUCAUUCUUAGUCCCAUAAGGUUUGUGAAAAGGGGUAAGAGUAUUUCGUUAUCCCAUAAGGUUUGUGAAAAGGGGUAAGAAUAUUUCGUUAUGUUGAAAGAUGAGAAACCCAGUUACCAUCACUCUAUCAUCCCCUCACUGUUACACAUAAUCCUGAAGAUGAAGCAAAAACCACAAACCCCAUCCAGCAUAUUUCUUAUGAUGCCUUAAGGAAUAAUUAAAAUAUGUGAAUAAUUACUUUUUUGUAAAUUAUAAUGAAGGAAUGUUUCCAUUCUGUGAGUGAUUAGUUUUUGAUGGUAUGUAUUUGAUUGCGAUUUCUCACUCGUGUGAUAUUCUAUAAAAUUUUAAGGCGUUUAGUUUACACUUCGUAUCAUACCAGGUAUAUGGAUGGGGAACGCCUUACUGAUGAAGAUGAGAAGGCAGUUGUCGAGAAUCUUCUUGUCUACCAUCCGCAUUCAGAGGAUAAGAUUGGAUGUGGAAUCGAUUGCAUUAUGGUAAGCCAAGUUCACUGUAGACUUCUUGUCAAUAUCCAAAAUUCAAAUGCUUGUUCUUUACCUUUAUUCUUAAUUAAAGAAGCUACAAGACAGUCACAAGCAGAAGAAUGGCGGCUACUUAAGAUAGUUGUGGCUCAAUAGAACUCCAGAAUUUGCCCAAAAGGAUAGGAAGCCUAUACGUCAGGUCUUUUACAGUCAAAAGGUACAAAAUAACUGCAAGUUUGGCCAUUUGUGUCCUGUUGACAACGAAUAUGAUAGGAACCUGAAAUGGGGAUGCAUAAAACAAUAGAAAAUGCAGAACAGAAAUACAAAAGUAAGGAGGAUUUGGUUCCGGCAGGAACCCUUAUCACCCCAGUUCGUGGUGACCUUUCAAGAGGGCCACCUCUCUCCUCCACAAUCCACAGCCUGCCUAAAAUCUCGUCCUCUUCCCUCAUCCCAUCCCUGUCCUAAUAACUCCCUUUUCCAUGCCUAACAGUUACCUAAAUACCAACCCCCCCUGCUUAGCCCUCAUGUGACCCACACGCCCUCUUACUCCUGGUGGCAUAAAUAAGGCCCAUCGGGGCCUAGCAGACGAUUCAUCUUUAUUUUCCAACUUGUUUUUAUAUCAAAACAUAUUAAGAUCAGAGCUGGAACGUUUCACAUAAAAUACCACCUCCUUACUACUCAUUCAUAGGUUUCCUAGCAUUAAAAUCAUUUAAAUCAUGAUGAUUAUAUACUUACAAGUAGCUAUGCAUGAUAAAUUACCAAGUUGUAUGACAGAACAUCAUAUUAACAGUCCUUUAAUUUUCCUUUCAAUUUUUGACGCUUCCCCCCCUCUCUUUUCUAUCUUUUAUAAACGCAUAACCAUUUCAUGGCAUACAUGGAUAAUUAUCUAGAUCACAUGGCGUAAAUGCCGUCACCCUGAGUACUUUCACCACACCUCAGAAUCUCCUUUCUCCUGUAGGUUGGGCGACUUUCUGAGUAAAGAUUUUUCUUUAUCUAGAAUUUGACUUGGACCGUGCUGCCCAUGGUGUUUCGUGCCACAAGAAUGAAUAGCUCGUAAUAUAUGGGAAAUGGCUUCUGGGCUUACACAACAGGAUGUAGGAAGCAUAACACAGUGCAGAAAACUAUUCAGGGAGUGUGGUGAUUUCCUGGUCCUUCCUAUUUCCCGUCUUCUCAACUAAAGGUGGUUGAAUAUUAGCGAGCAAAGUGUCAGAGUGUCUAACUGUCUUUGUAAGCUCUCAAAAUCUGUCACUGUGGCAUCCAUUUUGUCUGCAUUCGUAGAUGCUUAGUAAACUAGACAAAGUGAAAGCUAGAUGCGUAAGUGGUUAGAAAGCUAGAAAAAUUGAACACUAAUCCGUACCUAAUUUAAACAAUCAACAUUAAUGUUCAUUUUGUUUUAGGAAUAAGGUAUCCCCUUGCCUCUAGAAACGUCUGUGAAAAAAGUUGGUUACUUGUACAAAGGCCAAGUUGUUCAGUUAAUGAACAGGUUGUUAUGUUUAAAAGAAGGUAUUUGACACUUGGAGAUCUUAAAAAUGAGGGGCUUGCUCUUUACAGACUUUAUGAAUUGAUUUAAAAAAUAUACUCUCAGUGAACUUGUGCAUAGGUUCCAAAUUAAUCUCUUCUUCCUUAACAGAAGGUUGAGCAACUAAACUUCCCUUGCUCUUGACCAUCUAACCUAUUAAAUUAGUUUUACUAGUAAAUGAUCAUUUUAUGCCAAGAGGUAAUUUCUAGUGCAAAAAUUGAAGUCCAUGCAUUAUCCGCUUAAACUUGCUUCAUUCAUCUUGCAUAGGCAGAAUCCAAGAAUCUUUACUGCUGCCACUCAUCUAUGCAGACCUUAUUUUCAAUUUACCCUACAUAAGCUAAAUAAUUCCGAGUUUUAUGUGGGGGAGGGAAAUCGAGUUCUUACGUCAAGGUUGUUGCUCACCUGUAUAUUUCAUUGGUCCUAAAUGCUCGUGUUUUCUGAAGCUUUAGUUAAUCAUGUGGAAAUAUGAGAUUGUUUAAACAUUCAAGCCUAUGACUUCAGGCAUUACUCUGAUUGAACAAGAGCAACUAGAAAAAUGAAGUCUGGCAGCCACAUCUUAUAUCUUCCCAUGUUUUAACCAUCAAUGUAGUUAAAGAAUUUUGGACUCAUCAGUUCAUACUGUCACCUUGGGAAUCCUUGCCUUCAUUUUUCUCCUUGUUCCAUGAGUGCUGAUAGAUUCUGUAGAGUUGAAAAUUACCGAUUAGCUCUACUUUCAAUAUUUUGAGCUAAUUUUUUGUUUCGUUUCUCAUGAAGGUUGACCGGCAUCCUCGAUUUAGAAAUUCCAGAUGCUUGUUUGUUGUCCGGACAGAUGGCGUCUUCAUUGACUUCUCCUAUCAGAAGUGCCUCCGUGAGUACAUCAGAAUGAAGUACCCUGCUUCUGCUGAAAGAUUUAUAAGAGAGAAUUUCAAACGCGCAUGA